AUGGAGGGCGCCUCGUUCGGCGCGGGUCGCGCGGGGGCUGCCCUGGACCCCGUGAGCUUCGCGCGGCGGCCCCAGACCCUGCUGAGGGUCGCGUCCUGGGUGUUCUCCAUCGCCGUCUUUGGGCCCAUCAUCAACGAGGGCUACGUGAACGCGGACAGCGGCCCGGAGCUGCGCUGUGUCUUCAACGGCAACGCAGGCGCCUGCCGCUUCGGGGUGGUGCUUGGCCUCGGGGCCUUCCUCGCCUGCGCCGCCUUCCUCUUCCUGGACGCGCGCUUCCAGCAGAUCAGCAGCGUCCGAGACCGCCGUCGGGCCGUGCUGCUGGACCUGGGCUUCUCAGGUCUCUGGGCGUUCCUGUGGUUCGUGGGCUUCUGCUUCCUCACCAACCAGUGGCAGCGCACGGCGCCCGGGCCCGGCGCGGCGCAGGCGGGGGACGCGGCGCGGGCCGCCAUCGCCUUCAGCUUCUUCUCCAUCCUCAGCUGGGUGGCGCUCACCGUGAAGGCCCUGCAGCGGUUCCGCCUGGGCACCGACAUGUCGCUCUUCGCCACCGAACAGCUGGGCGCCGGGCCGGGCCAGGCCUACCCCGGCUACCCGGUGGGCAGCGGCGUGGAGGGCACCGAGACCUACCAGAGCCCGCCUUUCACCGAGACCCUGGACACCAGCCCCAAAGGCUACCAGGUGCCCGCCUACUAGGGGGCGGCAGGUGGGGCCCCGGGCUCCAAAGCCACCCCGCCCACGCAGGCUCCAAGGGCUCCGGGGCACCCCUCGGGUCCUUGCUGCGCAGCCCACUGUGGGCCCUCCGGGGCCGAGAGGGAGUGGCCUCUGGGGUGCCCGGGCUGUCCCCAGGCCUGAGGUCCC